AUGGAUGAUGAGUCAUCAUCGUGUCCAUUUCCUAAAUCAGGUUUUCAAACACCUGGAACAAAUAAAAGAUUACGAUCCGAUUCUGAUGAACGGAACGAGAUCAAUUCUCAAACGAUCUAUCGACAAAAUAAAACACCAAACAUUAACGUAGUAAAUCAACAAAUGACGUCAUCAGAUCGAAAUGAAUUUCCUCCAAUCAUUGUCGAAUUCACGGAGAAACACGAUAAAUCUGAUCAAUUAAAAGAGAAACUCGGAAUAUUAACCAAAGAUUGGGAUGUUAAUAAUCGGAAUAUAGCUCUAGAAAUCAUAGAAGAAUGGUGCUGGACCUAUCCACGACCAAUAUUGUUCGCCAAAUGGCAAGCUCACCAGCAACAUCCACAGGAAAAUAAUAGUAAUUUGUCGCUGCUUCAUUACAAUAUACGAAAUUUUUAUGCAAAUCAAGGUGAUCUUUUGAGCAUGAUUGAAGACUAUAACCCACACAUAAUAUCGAUAAAUGAACUUGGUACUGACGUGCCUUUGAGCACAAUCAAAAAGCUUUUAUUUUCAUACGACGUAUUUAAAGUACAAGGAUCGAAUACGCAUGGAGGAGUAGUAAUUGCUGUUGACAAGCAAUUCCAUGCCACCGCCGUUCACGAUCAACAUCAAACCAAUAUUAUCACCUUGCUUCUGUCAAUUAACAAUAAAUCAUAUACGGUAACUUCGGUGUAUUCACCACCUACUGAGCCAUUACCACUGCAGAGCAUGUCUGAAAUGCUCAAAAUAUCAAAGUCUAGUAUUUUCGUAGGUGAUUUUAAUGCGAAGCAUGAACAAUGGGGUUGCUCAUUGCGUAAUAAAAAAGGUCGUGAACUAGAGCAAUGGCUGCGAAUGAACAAUCUAAUGGUGCAUAACCAAGGAAUGACAACUUCUCUUCGUUCUAAAACAACAAUCGACCUAAUAAUUUCUACUGAACAUCAAUUUUCGGUACAAUGUCAGCCAUUAGCAUAUAAUGGAAGUGAUCAUAUUCCAAUCAUGACUGAAUUUGCUAAUAUUCCAAUUAUUAAUCGAAACAACCAGAUCCCAAAAGUAAACUGGGAUAUAUAUCAAACAAUUCUUAUCGUCUUGUAUCCAGAAAUUCAGGAAUUUUUCCACUUCGCAUACAGUGGUCCAUCCGACUGGUUUGAUCUAUUUCAAGAUUUUCUUGCUGCUCUAAGACUUCGCAUCACGAAAUGGCAUAGAAUCAAUAGACGACGACCUACUAUUUCAAAGGCCUUAAGGGAAAUGUUAAAACAUAAACAUUAUCUUCAGAAUCGCUAUCGCCAUUCAAGAACAGAAGAAAAUAGGCUCAAUCUGAGAACUUGGCAUAACAUAGUCCAACGCGAACUUAGACAACAUAGAGCAAACAGCUGGAACCGUUUCAUCUCAAAUAUCGCAUCACCAAAUCCUUCUACUUUUUGGAAAACGGUGAAGGUAUUGAACAAAAAACGCUCUGUUCAAUUUGCAGCGAUAACAGAUGAUAAAAACAUAUACAAUAAUCCAUCUCAAAUCCUUUCUCACCUUACACAUCAUUUUACAACAAGGUUUGCCUCACCUGAUGCCGAUCCAAAUAAAAAAACCGAUAAGGAAGCGCAGGAGCUUUGGGAAAAAUUGAGUCAAGCAGAGUAUGACGAUAUUCAACUUGCUUGCCAACAAUCAGACCUACAAUUCUCGCCGAAGAAAGUAUGGAAUGUGAUCACUGGGUUGAAGUCGAAAAACUCUUCAGGUUUUGACCGAAUAUCAAAUAAAAUGAUAAAGCAGCUGCCGCAAAACUAUGCCCACACACUAGCAUUACAGUAUAAUGCAUUAUUUUCAACGGUACAUUGGAGCAAAAGCUGGAAACGAGCGCGAACUAUUUGUUUUAAUAAGUCUGACAGCCCAGCACCAACGACGCAACAACUAUGUCCUAUCUCUCUCUUACCAGUUUUCGGAAAAGUAUAUGAACGUCUAUUUCUGCUUAGAUUUCAGAAAUGGCUGCAAGGUCUCAACAUUUUACCAUGGCAACAGUCAGGUGCUAGAGCACAUCAAAGCACAAACUCAAGAGUAAAUCAUCUUCUCGAACAAUUAACAAACUCUCUUCGGUAUAAUACGUUUACACCAGUUCUCUUUGUCGACUUUAAACAAGCCUUUGAUAUGUUGUGGCAACAGGGCCUGCUUCUUAAACUCAAUCGAUUAAAUUGUCCAAUUCCAUACCUGUUAUGGAUUACAAAUUUUUUUAAGGAAAGGGCAAUGAUUAUAGAUUUUAAUGGCCUUCUGUCUGACAGCAUCACAAUAGCGAGAGGGGCUCCUCAAGGAAGUGUUUUUGGGGCCAUAGCCUAUACCGUAGCUCAUUACGACCUUCAGCAAAUAUUCGAACGUCCUGAAAAUAACCACCUUUAUGUAGAUGAUUUAGGUAGUAUAUACAUCCCAAGUAUAUACCGUAACUACAAGAACCAACUAAUCAACAUCGAAGAACGAAUCAAUAAAGAUUUACAAAAAUUGCUAGAGUACACAAUUCAGUGGCAUCAACCAGUUAAUGUUAAAAAGACCCAAUUUGUUGUAUUCACAAACAUAGUCAACCAGCCAAAAUUAAAAAUAGUCUACGAGGGGUCUUCAUUAGAACAAACGAAAACCUUCAAGUAUCUAGGAUUCCUACUAGAUGCGAGAUUGUCAUUUAAACCAUUGGUUGAUGGACAACUUAUGAAAUGUCGCCAGACAUAUUCAAUUUUAAAAUAUAUUCAUCGGCAAUUUCCGUCUUUUUAUAAACUUAAAUUGCUGUUCUUCACUACAUACAUAUGGCCACAUCUUCUUGCUGUGGCAACAAUCUAUUGUCUCCUCUCAAACUCUUUGAAGCAGAGGGUAAAUAGUUUUUAUAGACGAUGUUUACGGAUAAUUUAUCACCUUUUUGAAUGCUCAACUAUUGACCUUCACACAAAAUUUUUACUUCCUACAUUGGAAGAGAAAUUCAAAAAAAGCCUAAUAAACCGGCUUACAAAUAUUGAGAAACAUGAACAGGAGCUAAUCUCCUGUUAUAUAAUGAAUAAAAACAUCAUUAACACAACAUGUCGCCACUAUAUGGAAAAGGUAUGUAUACAAUCAUUGCCGAGAGGCCGACCUAGCACACGCCUAAUUAAAUUCUAUCAAAACUCCCCUACUUAUUUUGACAAACUGGUGCAAUUUGUUUAUCAAAAUCAAUGCAAUAAAUCAAUUUCAACAGAAACUUUUAUUGAUCCACCUUCAUCAUCCUGAUGUAUCUUUCUAACUUGUUGUCUCUUUAUACUCUAUCAUGGUAACUCUCGUCUAUCCGACGUAACUGUAUUUUUUUUUUCUCUCCUUUUCUUUUCUUCUUCUUUUUUUUUCUAUGUGCUAGACAAUUUUUAUCAAAUGUAAGUGGUCAGGACCGAUUAGGUCAAAUCACUCAAAUAAAGCUCUUCAUAAUAAUAAGUCAAAGAACGCAAGCUGGGUUGGCGAAGGUGAAUCACCAACUACUGUAGUUCGUCGAAGCAGAUUUGAACCAAAAAAUUUAUUUUCUAUUUUCUUUAAAUCAAAUGGUCCUGUUCUUA